AUUUAUUUACAUCAAACUAAUUAUUUUCCUUAAAUAAUUGUUUAAAUAAAUCAACUAUGCGAAUGUAAUUUUUUUUUCUGGACAAUAUAUACUCAAUUGCAGACGAUUCUAACCUCAAAAAGUUGUUGACAUUUAAAGGGACAAUAUAUGAUAAUAUUGUGAUAUUAUCAAGUAUUUUGGAUAAAAAUGUGAUUAACACCAAGUUGACACAUGUGCAAAAACUCUUGAACCCCGGGGGUUGAAAUGUGGAUCAGCAGUCGUCGGGAAAACAAUUCUAUGGACGAGCUCUUUCAGGAUCUUUAUCAAGAAUGCAAAUUCGUUGCACCUGGAGCAAGGCUCUCUUAUGCAUUAAGAAAUCGUCUUGAAAAAUAUAAAGGCGAUAUAAGACAGGAUAUUGUCUCGCGUAUGAAAGAUGGAUGUGCACCAUUAUUUAUUGCAUGUAAAAGAGGACACGUUGAAAUUGUCGAAUAUCUUAUCACUGUGUGUCACGCUGAUAUUGAACAACGAGGAAUGUAUGAAGUUCCUGACGAUAGAUCAGUUCAUUGUGUUACACCAUUGUGGUGUGCCGCUGUUUCCGGUAAAUUACGAGUUAUAAAAUGUUUAAUUUCACAUGGUGCCGAUGUCAAUGCAGUCUCCGACAGUGGAUCAACACCUGUUCGUUCAGCCUGCUUUAUGACUCAUCUUGAUAUCGUUUCUUAUUUGGUGGAAAAUGGAGCCGAUAUUUUAAUUGCGAAUUAUAAUGGAGGCACUUGUUUGAUAAAUUCAGUGCAAAGUGUCGAAUUGUGUAAAUUUCUUUUAACACACGGAGCCGGUGUUAAUGCAAGGGAUAUGCAAAAUAAAACUGCUCUGCAUUAUUCAAUUCAGGAGCAUCGGUUCGAAACAACGAAACUUUUAUUAGAUUAUCAUGCAGAUCCUUAUUUAAAAUCACGAUAUAAUGAUGAUGCUUUACAAACUGCCUGCCUUAAAGGUGCAACACAGAUAUUCGACUACUUAGUGGAAAAUGUUGCCUACUCACAGGAGAGAUUAGCCGACGCUCAUGAAUUAAUGGGUUCGACAUUUUUCAAUGAUCACAAUUAUACGCAAACAGCAUUGAAUUAUUGGCGUACUGCUAUGAAUAUUAGAAACGAUAAUAUGGUUGACGGUAAACCAUUGCCAAAGAGGCCAAUAAUGCCAAAAAGAGAUAAUUUUCGUAAUGCGACUGAAUUUUCUACAAUGGAAGAAUUACAAACAGCAAUGCUCGAUUUGGAUGCUAUUCGAAUUCAAAGUUUAUUAAUAUGCGAACGAAUUUUAGGUCCACAUCAUAAAGAUACACUUUUUAGACUGAUGUAUAGAGGAGCCUCAUAUGCCGAUGCUCUUCGGUAUCAGUAUUGCAUAGAUUUGUGGAGAAGAGCACUGGAAAUUCGAGUGGAGAAGGAUUCUAUAUUAUUUAGCGACACUUGUUUUACUGCUCAAGCUCUUGUUCGAUUAAUGGUCGAUUUAAAUGAGAAAAUAGUAGAAAUAGCAUAUCGUAAUCGUGAAAAACAGGAGCCAAGAUUUUGUGAUGUAGUGGCAGUUUUUAAAUUACUCACCGAACAUCUUCCCGAAGCUAGAUCUUUGUUAGAGAAACGACCGGUACAUAAAAAGCAACGGGAGAGUUACGAUCGCAUUUUAAAGUGCGUUACUCAUUUAAUAUAUCUCCUAUUGGAAACUGCACAAUCGGAUGAUGAAAAAGUGGAAAUGCGACAAUUAGUACAUAAUUUAGUUAGGCAAAAUCCAAGAUGCGCUUCAACGGAAGAUACACUUCUUCAUCUUUGCGUCUCGAGAGUGAAUACAAUUCAUUCGAAUUAUUUUACUACCGAAGAAAUACAAGUAAUUUUUCCACAUGUGGAAGUGGUAAGAUUACUUUUAAAAUGUAGAGCGCACGUUAAUGCAAGAAAUGACACAAGAUCAACACCUCUACAUAUUGCAAGCAAGCCGAACAAUUUCCAAACCGAGAUCGUAAAACUUCUUUUGGAUUAUGGGGCACAUCUAGACACACCAAAUAAAGCUGGCGAGACACCGGCACAACUAAUAGCCUCAAAUCCUUGUAACAACAUAAGUUUGGUAAACUAUACAACUUUACAAUGUCACGCGGCUCAGACAAUUUGUAAAUAUGGAAUUCAAUGCACCGAAUUGCCCGUAACGUUAUAUGAAUUCCUUAAGUUGCACCAAGAAUAAUUAUUUUAAAAUGCGCUCUUCUUCUUCUUCUUUUUUAAUCAUUAACCACAUAAGUAUUUGUGUAUAAUAUUUAUAGUACCUAUAUAUAUAUUUCUAGUAUUUCUAGAAUUGCGUAUUAUUAUCUUUUAGCGAAAUCUAUUUACCCGCAUAAAAAAAAAACAAGAAAUACUCGUAUAGUUCGAAUCAUGAGUAAUAUUAAUAACAACAAUAAUAGUAAUAAUAACAAUAACAACAGGGAUUUUAAUAAUUAACAACACAGCGCGUCCAAAAUUUUAAGACUGGUCGUUGAAAGAAUUUUUAUGAGAUAUUCUCUUUUAUUUUACAAAAACAAAAACAAUAUUCGUGAUUGAGAGCAUACAUUGGCUCUUAAAAUAAAUGGUGCUUGAUACUCCAUUAAUGGAGUUUCAUUAAAAAAAACAGAAUAAUAAUAAUAAUAAUAAUAAUAAUGGAAAUAAUAUAACUUUAGUACAACUAUUGUCAUUGACGGACUGCAUUGAAACAUUAGAUCUAAAAAGAUCAGUGUGCGUGAUAUACCUAGUUAAAUAUAUGAAUUUAAUUUUUCACGAUUGUCAUUCACGUGAUUGUGGAAUUUUUGCUUUUUUUUUACUUAAUCUUGCCAUAUAAGAAUAACGUGAAAAUUUUGCAAACUCAAAGUGUUUAAAAUUUAGAAAUUAAAAAAAUUAAGACUAUAUUUCAGAUUCGCAGCGUAAUUUUUUUUUGAAAAAAAAUGUUACAUUUUUGUAACUACGCUGCUAAUUUUAGAAAUGGUCUUUAAAUGAAAUUAAAAUUUUUAAUAAAAAAAAAAAAAAAUAUUGUUUAUUUAUUAAAUUAUAAAUUUAUUUUUAUUUAAUUGUUACGAUUUAAUGAGCACAUCUUAUUUGUUAUUGUUUAAAUGUCUUGUUCAUUAUUAAAAAAAAAAUCGACGGUGCUUGUAAAAAAAAAAAAAAAUGUUUUACCGUGAAUUGUACAAUUUUUUUUUUUUUUUGCUAUGUUUAUUAUAUAGCGUAUGAAUUAAAAUCUCUUAUUGAAGAGUAUAAACUUGAAAUAAUUUUAUUGUAUAAGUUUGAUUAAUUUCUCUUAUUAAGUAAAAUUUGUUUAAAAUUGAAUUGUUUUUUCUUAUCCAUUAUGAGAAUAAUUUCAAGUUUCUAUCGUUAUAAGUUGGAUUAUUAGAAAAUAAAAAAAAAGAAACCCAUUUGAAAUAACAUAAUUUAGACAUCGAAAUGCGCGGGUAAAAUUUGAAAUUAGAAAAAAAAGUAAUCAAUUUUGCACUUAAAAUUUAAUAAAAUUAUAAUAAAAAGCAAGAAAAAAAAGGGGUAAUAAAAAAAAAGUUUGUUAAAAAUUAGAAAAUGUGUUUUCACUUCUCGGGGGCCUUAGAGCGAAUCGGAUUAUUAGAUUUGUGAUAAAAAUUUGUUUCUUUUUCACUUUUCGAUAUAUAAUAUAGUAUAUAUUGGUUUUCAUAAUAAAAAUAUGUGAAUCUCAUAAUUUUUUAAUAUUGAUAAUACGUGUAUUUUUCAUGGCAGCCUAAUUUAUUAUUUAUUAAUGAGAGAAUAUCAUAUUGCAUAUCUCACAAUUCUUGAACUUUAUAUAUACAUAUAUGUAACCAGUGAAUUAAUAUUAAAACGAUAGAUUAUUAUGAACUUUUAUGAAAUAGAUAUUAAAUCAUUAAGUGAAUAGUUCCCCUCUUGUAUACACAUGGAUUUCAAGUUUCAUUGUACAUGUAUUAAAAUUUAAUAAUGAUUGUCUAUGUAAGAUAAGAAAUAAAACAUUUUCAAGUUAA